AUAAGACAACUGAAUCCAAUCCUAUGAGACGGACACAUAACAAAAAAAAAACCAAAAAAAAAAUUGAUAACACAAUGAAAAUCAGCAGAAACAAAAUAAACACCACAGAAAUGGACUACUGGAGAAGAAGUUGCAGAGUUUCCAGAAUGGAAAAAAUAACUAACGACGAAAUCAAAAGACGAAUAGAAAUAAAGAAAGACACCUUAAAUUACAUUGAAGAAAAAAGAUUAACGUGGUACGGACAUGUCAGACGAACAGACCCAAACCGAUGGAUAGCAAAAAUAACAGAGUGGAGCCCCAUAGGAAAACGCAAAAGGGGCAGACCAAGAUCUUUCAGAGAU